AUGGCCGACGCCGCGCCGCCCGACGAUGUCGCGUUUGGCAUCGCGCUGGCAGAUUUCGGGGCGAAGGCUUUCCGUUGCGAAAAGCUUCGCCUGAGCAGCCUGGAGCAGGCGAGUGGCCACGACAUCGUCCGCCUGCUGGCCACCGACGGUGCCUUGCUCGUCGCGCGCAGCGACGGCGGGGUGUUGCACUGCGCCAUGGAGGGCGGCGACCCGUCGCGGGAUGUGCCGCCGGACUGCCUGGCGAGGCCGCUGAGGCACACGGCCACCUGGCCGCUGCCGCCGGGCGCCGGGUUGCCCAGCGCGCUGGUCGGCGGGGCACCCGCACUGGAGGCGACGGCCAUCGUGGGCACCGCCGCGGGUUGGCUGGUGCGGCGUCCUCGGCCCCGAGCCGCUCGGCGUCAUUGA